AUGGAGGCAGCCUUUGUCCUGUUCUUCUGGCUCUCACAGUUCAUCCUUGCAAAUGGAGACCUGUGCCGCGAAACCAUGGCUGCCCCUGAACAGGUGAUCCAGAUGGCCUCCCUGGGCCGGCCCUUCCGGCUGGGAAUGGUCUACGACUGCCGGAGCGACACCCUCAUCCCAGGCAUCACUCUCUGGGACCCAAAGGAGCUAAAGAAAAACCUCGAUGUCCAGCCCCAGCCCUACUUCACCUCGCAGAUCAUAGCCACCGAUUCCACCAGCGAGAAGGCCUCCUUGCUGAACGCCUCCGCCUCGCUCAAGGGCAGUUUCCUGGCAGGGUUGGUCGAGGUGGAGGGGUCAGCCAAGUUCCUGCAGGACACCAAGAAGUCCGCCCGCCAGGCCAGGGUCACCUUCAGCUAUGCGGCCACCACCCACUUCCAGCAGCUGACCAUGAGCCAGGUUGGGAAGCAGCACAUCACCUACCCAGAGGUGUUUGGCCAAGGCUUAGCCACCCACGUGGUCACUGGGAUUCUCUACGGGGCUCACGCCUUCUUUGUCUUUGACCAAGAGGCCUCCUCCUCAGAGAGCCUUCAGGACAUCGAGGGGAAUCUCCAGGUCUUGGUGAAGAAGAUCCCCAAGUUUUCUUUAGAAGGGAAAGCAGAAGCCCAGAUGAGUGAGACAGAGAAAGCAGCCAUUCAGAAGUUCAGCUGCACCUUCUAUGGGGAUUUCAAACUCAAGAAGAACCCAACGAAUUACAUGGAAGCUGUAGAGUUGUACGCCAGGCUUCCUGAACUCAUGGGGGAGGAUGGGGAGAACGCCGUCCCUGUCAAGGUCUGGCUCUACCCAUUGAGCUACUUGGACUCCACAGCUGCCAAACUUGUGCGGGAGAUCAGCUCCAAAUUGAUCUCAGAUUCUGAGAAGGCUCUGGAGCACCUGACGGAAGUGGACAUGAGGACCAAUGACCUCGCGAGGGAUCCCAUCUGCACGGCCUUUCCGGAAAUAAAGGAGAAAAUCCAUCACUUCAAGGGUCUGUGUCAGCAAUACAGGCACGAAUUCCAGAAAGACGUGGGAAGACUCCUACCUGCCAUCCGUGGAGGAGGACAAGAAGAAGAAGGUGCCCUGGUUAACCAUCUAAAGAAGAACGAAGCAUCACUGUUCAACGUUUCCCGUCUUCAGGCAUUUCUGGAUCUCAAAUGUCAAGAGAUCAGAUUUGUGGAAUUUUUCCUCAAAUUGUCAAAAGGAGAAGUCUCCUCAUGUGAUGAAUUCAUGAAAAAGGUGCUCGACCCGAGCGUCGACUCUGUUUUUGCAUUAGUUUUCAGCUCACUAGAGGCAAAGGAGCCCUACUUAGAAGAACUGGACUUUGGCUUACAGGAAGCGGCUGGACAUGCUCCAAAGGCUUCCCCAGAGAAGGGCAACAUCUCCACUCCGUGGUUUCAGGACAAAGCUGUCUUAGAAAGAGCCCAGAAUGCAGCCACGAUAUUUGCAGAUUUGUCUCUUCGUCCCCAAACCAAGGAGAAGGUCCAGUUUGUGGUGACCUCAAGUCUGGAUGAGAGCAACCCAGGAGUUUCGAUCGUCCGCUACCAAAGCGGGUCCUUGGAGGGAACCAGAUUCGAGAUUCUGCCCAAACCUCUUCCUCCGCUGGUUGAUGAGAAAACACACUGUAGUGUCCAGCUGACCUUUAAACCAGCGGAGCCUGAGAGAAGCCGUGUCUCUGGCUAUCAUGUCCAGUACCGAGUUUCAGGCCAAGAAAACUGGGUCUCUGUGCAUGUCAAAGAAGACAUAUAUCCCAUAAGAGGACUGAAGGCAAAAACCAGCUAUGAGUUCAGAUACGCUGUGGAGACCAGCUCAGGCUGCAGCGUCGCCAGCGAUAUAUCCCAAGCCAUGCUCAAUGCAUUUCCAUCAUCACCACCCCCACCAUCACCAUCGUCAUCCUUUUGGGGUAAAAAUGUUGGGAAGUUAUGUGCCCUGGCCCAACCAUGA